AUGUACGGAACGUACCACCAGCACGGUCGGCUAUCGGAGGAAGAGGUACUGCAGGGCAUGCUGAGACAGCGGCACUGGUACGCGAAGCAGGACCCUCACCAUGGAUACCAUCACUCGUUCCGGAGCAAAACUCGCUGGGAGUUGGUCCGGUUGUCGCUGCUGAUCGUCGGCAUCGAGUGUACGUACGCCACGGAGACCGCCCUCGUCGCACCGAUACUGCUCUCGAUUGGAUUACCGCACACGGUGAUGACGAUGAUCUGGGCGACACCGUCGAUCGCCGGUCUACUGUUUGCGCCAGUCAUUGCCUCUAUCAGCGAUAGGCUACGGUCACGCUGGGGACGCCGAAAACCGGUGCUGCUUGUGCUAGGGCUUUCGAUGCUGACGGGAAUGCUCAUCCUACCGCAUGGUCGAGCGGUCGGUCGACUGCUCGGCAUGACCAGUGUCGAGUGGCUAGCAUUAAUCACGACGGUUGGGCUGGUGAUGUGUGACUUCUCGGCGGAAACCAGCAAUGGACUUUGCCGUACGUACGCGAUGGAAGUGUGUACGAUCCGCGAUCAAACCCGGGUGCUCAGUGUCAUGGUGUUGACCGGUGGAGUUGGUGCCACGAUGGGUGCACUGUUUGGAGCGAUCGAUUGGAAUCGACUCGGUGUGGGCUACUACCUGGGUGGAAGCAAUGCGUCCGUGUUUGCGGCCAAUUGGAUCGUGUUGUUCAUCGGGCUGGUCGCGACGUUGAGUAGCUUCGCCGAGAUACCGCUACCGGUGCAGGAAGCCGAUCCACUGUUGCGUCCGGUGACGCAAAAGAUGCUGCAAGAUGAGGUGCGAAGGUUGAACGCGAAAGAUCCAUUAUCGUUGAGUGAGUUGGAUACCAAGGAGCAACUGGAACCACCGGGAGGGUUCCGCCAGUUUCUGCUCAACCUGGUGCAUAUGCCACGAUCGAUGAAGAUACUGUGCCUUACGCAGCUUCUCAGCCACAUGAGCUACUUGACCUACUGUCUGUAUUACACCGACUUUGUCGCAUCCACCGUCUUCGAGGGAGACGUUCGAGCUGGCGAUGGAUCACCGGCAUCGAACCGGUACGAGGAUGGGAUACGAUUCGCCUGCCUUGGGAUGGCCUUGUGCUCGUUCACCUCCUCGAUGUACUCGACAUGCAUCGAGCGGCUUAUCGAAAGGUUGGGCGCUAGGCCGGUGUACGUCUUUGGGCUGCUCGCGCACAGCUUCGGUAUGCUGGCGAUGGGACUGUUUCCCCACAAGGCGGUCGUGUUCCUGUGCUGCUCCUUGACGGGUGUAAUGUACGCCACCAUCUACUCGAUCCCGUUUCUGUUGAUCUCACACUAUCAUUCGAAAAACUGUUUUAGCGAGGUGGAUGGCCGGUUCGUGGAAAGUGUCGAGAAGCGUGGCUUCGGCGUGGAUGUCUCUAUGAUGAGCAGUAUGUUGUGUCUCGCCCAGCUCGUGGUUUCCCUUUCGAUGGGUGCAGUCGUCGAUGCUAUUGGAUCACCGUUGAUUAUUACGUUCAUCUCCUGCGGUUUCAUGAUUUGUGCAUCCGUAUCGGCGACAGCAGUACUGUACAUGGGGCUGUAAUCGAAACCAAUGACCGCUUCAGAACAUCUGAGAAGCAUUGCGCUACAUCA